GUGGCAGCUAAACAACACAACCGCAGUGAAAAGAGAUACUACAACACGUAAAUCCUCUGCCUUGAAUGUGCCAUUCUGGUGUUUUAAUUGUUUGCAUCGAAUCGAAAAUAUAUUGUACUUGAUAUAAUGUAUUUCCUCGCUUUGAACACGACAUUUUAAACGUGUUACUUAGAAAAUGUAGGUGGCAGUAAUGACAACACGCGACGAUGUAAUUUGCUCGAAGAAGAAGAAAAUCUACCGGAAGUAAGAGAAGCGGGAGAUUGGAAGACGUAAACAAACUUUCUCGACGGAUUGAACUUUAGUUUUGCACUGAACAUUUGCCAAAAUGCUGAAGAAGGCGCCCAAAUUGAAAUAUAUAGUUAAAACGAAAACGAAGAGUAACAUAAAUGUGAGGCCGACGUCAGAGGCAAUGAUUGAACUCCUGACGUUGAUCUUUUUGAGCAACCUGGCUGAGGAGGCGAAGGCCAAAGCUUUUGAAGAGAAAUCUGCAACGAUCAGAGCUCAUCACCUCAAAGCCGUCUCCAAGAAAAUGCUGAAAAAAGCAAGAGGUUGAAGACAACAAAGUGCGCCAUCAUCAUUGUUAUGAACAUUUUUAUGAACAUUAUCAUCAAUGACAGCAGCAACAUUCUUUGCUUUUUUUUAAUGUAUAAUUUGUUUUCUUCUGAAAAUGUGUUUUUAUUUCCUCCCUUGUGUUUCUGUUUUAAUAUCAUAAGAUUAUUUGUUCUUUAUUAAAUCCUUGUGAAUCUUAUAAUGGCUCACAUUGUAGAUCUCUCAGUCCCUAAUAUACCAUAUAAUCAUGUCAUGCCGCCAGCAGGUCCACCGUCACAUUAGAACAUGUCCAAAAAAUACAAUAAAGCAUCUCUGUACAAGCAAUGUUGAGUGUUUUAAGCUUUGAUCUCACAGUUGUGGACAGCUUAAAGUACGUCAGUACUUCCAGAUCUCUUCGCCCCCAUCUCACUCUCCUAUCAUCCGUCACGGUCAGCGUUUUAAGCUGCGUGCUUUACAGCGUCUUCACUGAGCGUGGGGCUCAGCCUCCCAAAUUCCUCACUUCUUCAUGCUACAUAGAUUAUCUGCGUGCUGAGAUGCUAUCCUGCUAAUAAUACCUUCAUCUCGGCAGGGUUCUUCACAGCCAGACUUUUGCCUUCUCAGGUGUGUGAGCGGUGAAGAGGUCAAAGUUGUAUUGUUCAAAUGCCCCAUUGUACAGUAUGUUUCUUAUUGAAAGGCGAUGACCUUUUUAAAGCUGUUUUUGGUUUGUAGUACAGUCACAAACUUAAAUAUUAACAUGGCUCUCUCACUCCUUUGCUGGCUGUCCUCCAUAUUUUAUCUUUUGCCCUUUCCCCCCCGUC